AUGGAGGACCAAAAGGUUUACCGAGCCAGCACCACGGCCCCCGUGAACAUUGCAGUCGUCAAAUACUGGGGAAAGAGGGACGCAAAGCUCAAUCUCCCGACCAACAGCUCGCUCUCCGUCACCUUGUCUCAGGCCGAUCUCCGAACCCUUACGACGGCGUCUUGUUCCCCGUCGUACGCGGAUGGCGACAGCCUCAUACUCAACGGCGAGCGUUCAGACGUGUCUGGCGCGCGGACACAAGCCUGCUUCCGCGAGCUGCGGGCUCGCCGCGCUGCUCUCGAAGCCGCCGACUGCACGCUGCCCAAGCUGUCCGCCAUGCCGCUCAAGCUCGUUUCCGAAAACAACUUCCCCACGGCAGCGGGUCUCGCGUCAUCCGCCGCCGGCUUCGCUGCCCUGGUUCGGGCCGUUGCCGAUCUUUACGAGCUUCCCGACUCCCCGUCGGAGCUGUCCUUGGUCGCCAGGCAAGGCUCUGGAUCCGCUUGUCGCAGCCUGUUUGGUGGCUACGUCGCCUGGCGGAUGGGCGACAAGGACGACGGCAGCGACUCCGUGGCUGACCUGGUUGCUCCCGCUUCGCACUGGCCGGAUAUGCGUGCCCUGAUUCUUGUCGUCAGCGCGGCCAAGAAGGGUGUGUCGUCCACCUCUGGCAUGCAGCAGACCGUCGCGACAUCCGGUCUGUUCCAGCACAGAAUCAAGCAGAUUGUGCCAAGCAAUAUGGACAUGAUGGAGGAGGCCAUCCGGUCGCGAGACUUUGCCAAGUUUGCCGAGAUUACCAUGCGCGACUCGAACUCCUUCCAUGCCUGUUGUGCCGAUACCUAUCCCCCAAUCUUUUACAUGAAUGAUGUGUCUCGCGCUGCUAUCCGAGCUGUAGAGUCCAUCAAUGAAAAGGCUGGAAAGACUAUCGCGGCAUACACGUUUGAUGCCGGCCCAAACUGUGUCGUGUACUACCUGGAGGUAAACGAGCCAGCGGUUCUCUGCGCUUUCGCUGGCGUUCUCGACGGCGCUUCCGGAUGGAACAAACGGAGCGCCAGCGUCGGGGUUGAUAUCAAGUUGGAGGAUGGCAUCGCCAGCACACUGAGAGACGGAGUAAGUAGAGUGAUUAUGACAAGAGUUGGCCAAGGUCCGUCAAGGUCGGGAGAGUACUUGGUGGAUGGAAAUGGCCAGCCUGUAAAGCGAUGA